CUUUCCAUCUUCUCUCUACAUACACAAAAUACAGUUCCUUUUACAUAUAUUGCCUUGUCUUUGAUUUCUAGUAACUGAAACCCAGGACACGGACAAGCAAGACCGCCCGACAUAAUCCCCAAAAAAUCCAGAAAAUUUGUAAAAACUAGGGUUACAAAUACAGUUUGAUCUUGUGUGGGUGUGUAUGUAAAUCUAUAUUUAUAUAUAUAUGCAUAUUUGUUAGAGCUACAGAAAGAGAAUAUCUACUGAAUGUGAUAGUUAUGUAUGUUAUGGAGGUAGCAGAAAUUAUUCGAAAAUUAUUUCCACAAGUACUUUACUGGUUUUACCCUUCAUGUGAAAACUGUAACCCUACGUUGAUUUUACUAUUUUUUUUUUUAAGUUGCUUUCAAUUUAGUUAUCAAUCUCAUGUUGCUCAUAGAUGAAUUGUAAUUACUUCUGUGAUAAGAUUUUUUCUUUAAUGAUUUGAUGGGAAGGUUUUUGCGUUAUUACUGUUUUUGUAUAGUUGGACUCGGAAUUUAUAUGUUUUGAUUGUUCUCUUUUAGAUGUGAAACUGUUUAAUUGAGUGAGUUUUGGCAUUUAUUUCAAUGAUUGAUUUGCUAAUUGGGUUCUUUCCCUUUUGUAUACAUUUUUUCAGUUGUGUGCAUUGUACAUGCAGACAUUGUGCCACUUACCUUUAUUUCUGACUUACUGUGUACAUUAUGUGUCAUUCUCAUAUGUGUGCAAUGUAUGAUCAGAUGGUUGUGAUGUUUAAUCAUGUUUUCAGUUGGCUGCUCCAAUCAUGUUUGGCUUUUCAGGUUGUAGGUUAUUUAUGUACAGAGAAUAGCUUCAAAAUCAGAAUUUUCCUGUCAAAUUGCUUUGAAGAUAAGGAAAAAGCUGCUCUUCGGAAGAGAACAAUUUUCUGGAUGAUCUUCUGACAUUUUUGCAAUGUCAGGGUUACUUAAUUCCUCUCUGAAUGGAUCGGCUUCAAAUCUUUCGGAUGGCACUGGACGAUCUUUUGCUACAUCUUUCUCUGCUCAAUCUGGUACUAUUCAAGGAAUGCCUAACAUUCAUGGGAGCUUUAAUGUUCCUAACAUGCCAGGAGCCAAUGGGUCGAGAAGCUCUGCAACAAUUAAUGUUCCUUCAAGUGGGGUUCAACAACCUACCGGAAACCUUUCAAGUGGACGCUUUGCAUCAAACAAUCUUCAUGUUGGUUUGUCCCAGAUGUCUCAUGGCAGCUCACAUGGUCAUUCAGGGGUGACAAGUAGAGGUGGCUUGAAUGUUGUUGGAAGUCCUGGAUUUAGUAGUAGCACAAACGGAGUUGGUGGUUCUAUACCUGGGAUUCUUCCAACCUCUGCAGCAAUUGGUAACAGAAGUGCUACUCCAGGACUGGGAGUCUCUCCACUUAUGGGAAAUGCAGGUCCUAGGAUAACAAAUUCGAUGGGAAACAUCGUUGGUGGGGGCAAUAUUGGGAGAAGCAUGAGUUCUGGUGGAGGAUUAUCCAUGCCUGGUCUUGCUUCUCGCCUUAGUCUAACUGCCAAUAGUGGUUCUGGCAAUAUUAAUGUGCAAGGGCCAAAUAGAUUAAUGAGUGGUAUGCUCCAACAAGCUUCUCCGCAGCUGAUCUCUAUGCUGGGAAAUAACUAUCCUACUGCUGGUGGCCCACUAUCCCAAAACCAUGUCCAUGCGGUGAAUAAUCUGAGCUCUAUGGGAAUGUUGAACGAUGUAAACUCCAAUGAUGGUUCUCCAUUUGAUAUAAAUGAUUUUCCUCAGUUGACCAGCCGUCCCAAUUCUGCUGGUGGGCCUCCAGGACAAAUAGGUUCAUUGCGAAAACAAGGUCUUGGUGUUAAUCCUAUGAUGCAACAAAACCAGGAGUUCAGCAUCCAAAAUGAAGAUUUUCCGGCAUUACCAGGAUUUAAAGGUGGCAAUUCUGAUUUUGGUAUGGAGUUUCAUCAGAAAGAACAAAUUCAUGAAAACACUGUUACUAUGAUGCCUCAACACUUCUCAAUGGGGAGGUCGGCUGGAUUCAACAUGGGGGGAACAUAUUCAUCUCACCGCCCGCAGCAGCAACAACUACAACAACAUGCUUCUUCCGUCAGUAGCAGUGGCAUGUCCUAUUCAACCAUGAACAAUCAGGAUUUUCUCCAUUUACAUGGUUCAGAUAUGUUUCCAUCAUCGCAUUCAACAUAUCACUCACAGAGCGGAGGAACCCCGGGCAUAGGAUUGCGACCUCUUAACUCUCCUAAUACAGUUUCUGGUAUGGGGUCAUAUGACCAACUUAUUCAGCAGUAUCAACAACAUCAAAAUCAAUCCCAGUUUCGUCUUCAGCAAAUGUCUUCUGUAAAUCAUUCAUUUAGAGAUCAGGGCCUCAAGUCUAUGCAGCCUGCACAAGCUUCUCCGGACCCAUUUGGUUUGCUUGGUUUGUUAAGCGUGAUAAGAAUGAGCGAUCCUGACUUGACUUCCCUUGCACUUGGAAUUGAUUUGACCACACUCGGAUUGAACUUGAACUCAACGGAAAAUCUUCACAAGGCAUUUGGUUCCCCGUGGUCUGACGAGCCUGCCAAGGGAGAUCCAGAGUUCAAUGUGCCACAGUGUUAUUAUGCUAGACAACCACCAGCUCUCAAUCAAAGCUAUUUCUCAAAAUUCUCGUUGGACACCGUCUUCUAUGUUUUUUACAGCAUGCCAAAAGAUGAAGCACAGCUACAUGCUUCAGAUGAACUUUACAAUAGAGGCUGGUUCUAUCACAGAGAGCACCGGUUGUGGUUUUUGCGGGUUGCUGACAUGGAGCCUCUUGUUAAGACAGCUGCGUACGAGAGAGGAUCGUAUAUUUGUUUUGAUCCAAACACGUGGGAAACAAUCCGCAAGGAUAAUUUUGUUCUCCACUAUGAUAUGGUGGAAAAGAGACCAGCUUUACCUCGACAUCAAUGAAGUAUUCGUUGUUUACCUUGUAAAGCUCUGUUUAAAGUUAUUGGGUAGAAUGCAUGUCAGUUAGAAGCUUCAGUUUUCUUUUGAACUGUAAGCAAUAAUGUAUACAACUUGUCUCAGUUAUCAGCAAUUUUGUUUAUAGCCUCCUUUACAUGAAAUUUGGUUAUAUGCAACAGCUAUUUUACUGAUAGUAAGUAUACAUUUGUCCAAACAAUAGUGGGAAUUGUAGUGUGUUUGAUAGGGUAGAUGGAAAAAUCAAAGGAUGGCAAGUGGGAG